AUGGCGAGCCGGUCACUGCGCAAACUCCGUGAGGUCGUCACCCUCCAGGCCGACGAAUCUCGCCAAGAGGAAACGACGACAUGGAACAACCGUGACCUCGUCCCAUUGCCCCCAUCUCGCCGCACAUGGGGUUGGUUCAACUUCUUUGGUGCAUCCACGUUGGGCGCUCUAAACAUGUCUACCUGGCAGACGCCCAACACAUUUCUGACCCAAGGCUUGUCUGUCGGUCAGGCCAUGGGCAUCAUCAUCGUUUCCCGUCUCAUCGUCUCGCUCUUCUCUAUAAUCGUUGGAUGGUGUGGUCUGACCUGGCACAUCGGCUUCAGUGUGCAGAACAGGUUUACGUGGGGCAUGCGCGGCUCCUAUAUCCCUCUGUUGCAGCGCUGCUUGCUCAACUUUAUCUGGAACGCGUUGCAGGCCUGGAACGGAGGCAAGCUGGUCAUGGUCUGCCUUACGGCCAUCUGGCCCUCCUUCCAGCGCAUCCCCAACAAACUGCCAGACAACUUCCCCGCCACUACCAGCGAGAUGGUUGGCUUUACAGUUUUCUGGCUCGUGUCGGUGCCGUUCCUCUUCAUCCGGCCGGAGCGCUUCAAGAAGCCCUUUUUCUUUUCCAGCCUCGGAUGUGGCAUCGGAAUGCUCGCAAUGAUGACCUGGUCCCUGUCGGUGGCCAAAGGCGUGGGUCCCGUCUUUUAUAAAGCCGAGGCAGUCUCAUCUACCUCGCGCUGGAGCGUCUCAUGGCUCAUGAUGGCGGGUUUAAACCAGGCAAUUGGAGGAAAGGUCGCCGGCAUGGUCAACGAGAGUGACUUUUCGCGCUAUUCCAACAGUACCGUCGGUUUCAUCUGUGGCAUCGUGUCGGUGCAGUGGCUCAUAGGCAUCUUGGUCUCGCUCGGCGGCCUGGUCACCACGGCGGCGUGCCAGCUCAUCUACGGCAAAAUCUUUUGGAACCCGCCGGACUUGAUGAUGGUCAUGAUGGACAACGGCAAUGGCUCCUCCGCCUCCCGCGCAGGAGUCUUCUUCCUCGCCUUGGCUUUCACCUUUGCCAUCCUCUUCCAGAACGUGUGCGGCAACGCCGUCGCUGGCGGCAUCGACCUGGCGGGCGUCUUCCCGCGCUAUAUUGACAUUCGACGCGGCGCCAUCAUCACCUUUGCGGCCGCCUGGCUGAUCCAGCCAUGGCAGCUCAUCAACCGGGCCACUACCUUUGUCACCGUCAUCAGCUCCUUCUCCGUGUUCCUCGCCCCGCUCAUCGGUGUCAUGACCUGCGACUACUUUGUCAUCCGACGGCAAAAGAUCCGCCUCAACCACCUCUACUACCCCAAGGGUUCCGACUACUGGUUCACCGGCGGCGUCAACUGGCGCGUGCUGCCCUGCUGGAUCGCCGGUUGGGCGCCCACGAUCGGGGGCCUGGUCGUUACGGUCUCCGGAAAGGGAGAGGGCCCGGCGGCAUUGUAUCAGCUAUACUAUAUGGCCUUCUUCGUGGGACUCGCCAUCUCUUUUGUGCUCUUCUACGUCGUCAAUUGGUUUUACCCUGUCAAGGGUGCUGGUGAGUACGACGAUUACGACGAUUGGGCGACUUUCACUCCAUACGAAGCGGAGAAGCUGGGCAUAGUGCCGCAUGAGAAUGCUUCGGAGCUUGUGGGGUCGGGCCGCUUUGGAGAUUCGGGCUACCGCCGACGUCCUGCGCCCGUGAGCAAAAAAGAAAAUGAUGUGGAGGUUGCAGCUACCAAGGUAGAUGUGUGA